UGUUUAUAAAAUUAAAAAAAAAAAUCAUGCACACUGGACCUGUGAGGUUAGAGAAAAUUCAUUUCAUAUAAAUAAAAGAAUGACAUUAACAUUGGAUGACCAUGGAAAAACUUGAGUCAUGAACCUUUUUUUGUGGCAUACUUUGGUACAACAGCUUUAGUACUUUAGUAUUUUGUUUGGGGAUCUGAACAUUAAGAUUACACCUGUUUAUGUCUGAUCACUGCAACUAUAUUGAAACGGUGUCUUGUCAGCUCAUGAGAGAUGGUCAUGGGUUUGUGUGUAUGACACAUAAUAAAAAAAAGAGACAGAAAUUAAUCAUUAACAUUUCCUCCAGCUGUCUCAGAGCGGUGUCGGUGUCCUGCAGCCCCUCUCUCUGAAUGGGUCUGCCCGGUGCUUGACAUGUGCAGCAGUUGUACAUAUCAGCUGGGAGCCUGCGAGCUGCUGUCUCACUCGAGUCCACUGUGCGGGAGGAAUGGCAGGCUGGGGAGGUUUCUUCGUGUCUCUCCUCAACUACAAGACAGAGAAAUAUGUCAUCGCCGAGAACAGGAAAAUCGGGAUAUUAUUCAGACUCUAUCAGCUGGCCGUGCUGGGAUACAUAAUUGGGUGGGUGUUUGUGGUGAAGAAAGGUUACCAGGAGAGAGAGGAGGCCAUCCAGACCUCCGUCAUCACCAAGCUUAAAGGUGUUACACUGACCAACAGCUCAGAGACGGGGCUUCACCUGUGGAGUGCUGAGGAUUAUGUCAUACCCCCGAACGGUGAACAGGUGUUCUUCAUAGUAACAAAUUACAUAGAGACCCCCAACCAGAAGCUGGGGUUCUGUGCUGAGAGUUACAAGGUGCCAGAUGGACAAUGUCAAAGUGAUGAUGACUGUCCGGAGGGGGAAUCUGUAAUAGCGGGCCAUGGAAUAAAGACCGGCGUGUGUUUAAACAGCACAGGGACCUGUGAGAUUCACGCCUGGUGUCCUGUCGAACACAGCAAGAGACCCACAGAGCCCUUACUGAGCGAAGCGGAAAACUUCACCAUCUACAUCAAGAAUUUCAUCAGGUUUCCAAAGUUUGAAUUCUCCAAGUCCAAUGUCCUUGAAACCUCUGACGAGAGCUACCUGAAAAAGUGCACCUACGACAAAGAGGAAAACCUGUACUGCCCCAUCUUCCGCCUCGGAGAUGUGGUCAGCUGGACCAGAAAUGACUUCCAGGAGAUGGCUGCGAAGGGGGGGUCUGUUGGUAUUCUCAUUGAGUGGAACUGUGACCUGGAUAAGGACUCAUCACAGUGUAAUCCCGAUUACAGCUUCACCCGUUUGGACAUGAACUUGAACAACUCAGUCACUUCUGGAUACAACUUCAGAUACGCCAGGUAUUUCAAGGAUGAAAAAGGGGAAACCUUUCGCACUUUGUACAAAGUGUAUGGGAUUCGCUUUGAUAUAAUGAUCAAUGGCCAGGCUGGGAAAUUCAAUAUUGUUCCAACAAUAAUUGCCAUCGGUUCGGGUGUUGCCCUGCUGGGUGUAGGAGCCUUUGCAUGUGACAUGAUACUGCUGUACAUGAUGAACACGAGCUCCUUCUACCGAGAGAGGAAGUUUGAAAUCAUCAACUUCAAGAAAGAACGGACCAAAUCCAAGGAUGGUAAAACGGGACACAGAGAGAGGCGAACCAGGAAACCAGCUGCAGAGAAAGAUGCUGCCAACUCCACUAAAAAGCUAGAGGAAACUGAACCUACUGUGGAAUCUUCUCCCACCGCAGAGGGCCAGCUGACUGCGGACAAACGGGGUCCCACUAUUCCACGCAACACAGGACAGCGAUACUCAGCCCUCAUCUCUCCUCAACCUGCAGAGCCGAGGCAUCACAUCACCUUCUCUUCACACAAUUAGCAGGCGGAGCGAGACGAAUCACCUGCAGCAGUCUGCGAGAGGGGGAACCAAAAGUCGGACUGACGUCUCAUCUACUGGCAUGACUGCUGGCAUGACACUAGCUACAGUGAUGCCUGAUAUGUUGGUCCAGAGAAAUGUUAAUGUUCAGCACUGUGCACAUGGGCUGGGACGCUGAUGUAGAAAUACUCAGAGAGGUGGUUUCAGUGGCUGGGUCAGGGUCCAAAGCUGGGAUGUGGGAGAUAAAUAAUGAUCUGCAACAGUACUGUGGUAACGCUUAUUAGCAGUGACAUGAUAUGAUUCUUAGACUUGAAGGGACAGUUCACCCCAGAAUCAAAAAUAUGUAUAUUUCCUCUUACCUGUAGUGCUAUUUAUAUCAGUCUAGAUUGCUUUGGUGUGAGUUUCAGAGUGUUGGAGAUACUGGCUGUAGAGAUGUCUGCCUUCUCCAAACUAGAUCAGGGGUCUUCACUAUUUACAGGCCAAGGACCCCUGUAACUGAAAGAGAGACAAAGCGGGGACCCCCUCCAACAUAAACUGUAUAAAACUGAGUUGAUAAUUCUCUGGAUAUUUGGGGUCUUGUCUUGUUUGCACUUGCCUGUAGCUGCUAAAUAAGCAACAGUUGUAGCAUGGCAAGGUGCGUUAGCCUCCCCUCUGCACUUUUGCCGGUGGUUUCCGAGGUGGAUGGUAUGUCAGAGUCUCUUGCUUGAAAAGUUACAGAACAAUCCAUUGUUGCUCACAAGAAUGUACGUGCACGUGGAAUAACAAUACAGCUAAUUGGCCAGUAUGAUUCAGUAGUAUGUAACUGUCAGCUAAGUAGUUUACCAUGCACAGGGAUUUAGCGUUAGCAAGCGCACAUGAUUGUACAGGGACUCAUGGGUAACAGUCAUCCUAUCAUAAACGUUUUGUGCUUUAAAUUAAAUGUCGAAGUGUGUUUGGGGCGGCUGUGGCUCAGAGUAGAGCGGGUCGUCCUCCAGUCGGAAGAUUGGCGGCUCAAUACCUGGCUCCUCCAGCCUGCAUGUUGUAGCAUCCUUGAGCAAGAAUCUGAGCCCCAAAUUGCUCUCGAUGGCUGUGUGUGAGUGUGUUAAAAACCGAGUAGCAGGUGGCACCUUGUAUGGUAGCCUCGGCCACCAGUGUGUGAAUGGGUGAA